AGAAAGUGUUUUAACUAUCAUGGCGUUACGAGAGAUAGUAAGUGAUGAUAUAGAGAGCUACAGUGAGCCAUCUCUUUGUCUGGAUAAAGCCAAGGAGCUUCUUGCACUCCUCAAUUUACCCACAGGAUUGUUGCCACUGAAGGACAUGACAGAAGUUGGGCACAACAAAACAAAAGGGUUUGUGUGGAUGAGGAUGAGAAGCAAGAUUGAGCAUACAUUCGCUGCAAUAGGUCGUAAAGUGAUAUAUGACACGGAGAUAACUGCUUUUGUUGAAGACCGUAGGUUGAAGAGACUAACGGGAGUUAAAAGCAAGGAACUCAUGAUCUGGGUUCCAGUGCAUGAUAUCUUCAUCAAGAGAAAGAGCCUGAGAAGAUAACAUUUGCUAAUAACACCGGCCUGUCACGAACAUUUAAGGUUUCAGCAUUUCAUAGCGAGGCUGAUGAAUCGGAAGAAAAAGAGAAGUGACUAAAGUUACUUGAUGUAGUAAGCAAACAAUAAAGAACAUAAAUUGUUCCAUAUCAAUAGAACCAACACAGUGUCAUUAAUAUCGUAAAGAGAAUCAUUUCCCUAAGUUUUUGCA